GUGUGCAUUUCCUUCGGGUACUUUGGUUUCCUGCAGUCCAAAGACAUGCAGCCCACCUAAUUGUACACGCCAAAUGGACCCUAGCUGUAAAUGUAUAUGUCUGUGUGUCUGCCUUGUGAUGGACUGGCGACAUAUCCAGGGUAUAAUCCUGUACCAGGGUGUACCCAAUGACCACUGGGAUCACAGCUCCCCAACAUGGCCCAGAAGGACAAGGGGUUUAGGGACUGGCUCACUCAGGCACACACACAAUCUUUGACUUUUUGUUACACUUAACUAAUUACCUUUUUCAUUUGGUACUUGAGUAUUGCUGUGAGGCUUUUUGGAUGCUGGACGUUGAAUCUUAUCACAGUAAUAUCAAAAGUUAUUUCUGCUUACUUUUACGGCAUUUGGCUGACGCUCUUAUCCAGAGUGACUUAAAAUUUGAUCAUUUUACACAGGAAGACGAAGGCAGUGUUAGGAGUCUUGCCCAAGGACUCUUAUUGGUAUAGUGUGCUUACCCAAGCAGGGCAUUGAAGCCCAGUCUACAGCAUAGAAGGCAGAGGUAGGUGUUACCCACUACACUAACCCAACCUACUUCACAUUGUGCUGACGUUUCUCCUCAAACGCUGCAGUGAAGCCACUUUUGGUCAAGACAUGGUCAAACUAGAUGGACAUAUACUCUUAACCUUCGGCCUGAGUUGUCCCCUCUACCUCGCUUAGUCUGUUGAUGUGAUGUAGGUUGCAAGGCAAUGCUUGCCAGCACAAAUCUUUACGUCCACAACCUUCAGACUCAAAGCAAACAAGUUACGUUACUAUGUUUCUCCAUGGUGCUGUUAGCUGAAUCAUUGAGCCCUUAGACUGAAAAACUGACCAAAGUCCAGCACACCGAGCUUUGGCAUGAGUGCUAAUGAAAGACAGCCUGCCUGAGGGACCAUCUGGUAAAAAUGCUGAGAUCUGCUGCUGUUUCUCUGCUGCUGCUCACGUGUCUUUUACAGGACAGUGUCGGGGAGACUGAAGAUUUGUCCAGCUCUUUCAUCCAACUGGACAUCACAGGAGAACUGAAGAGUCUGAAAGACCUGGUCAAUCAACAAGCAGCUGUGAUAGCGGAGCUGAAGAAAGAGAAUGCAGCACAAUCAAGUGAGCUGUCAGCCUUGAAGAACGAUGUGGACAAACUAAAGAAUGAAAGUGCAGGCAGAUCAAAAGUGGCUUUCUCCGCUGGUUUAGGCCCACCUACUGAACAGAGAGGCCCAUUCAGUGCCGAGACUAAUCUGAUCUACAGUAAAGUCCUAACAAACAUUGGACGUGCCUAUAACCCGUAUACAGGUGUCUUCACAGCUCCAGUCACGGGGGUCUACUACAUUCGAUUCACAGCCAGCUCCUAUGGCAGCACCAGCAACAACAUGGGACUGAAUCUGUACAAAAAUGGGCAGUAUCUGCUGCAUUUGGGUGAAAAUGCAGGCGAUGGCGUAGCUAAGCAUGUUUCGAGUGGAGUCACUCUGGAGCUGGCGGCAGGAGAUGUGGUGUACACCCGCCUCCCAGCAAACUAUGUGCUCUGGGGUGGCACGGACCUCAGUACAACCUUUAGCGGCUUCCUCAUCUUUUGACUUUGGUGAAAGUCAAAACAGACAAGUGAUAAAAUUGCUGGGAGGUUUGAUGUUCUUUACAAUGAAAAUCUGUCUCUUUUACUCAAGAAAGAGCUUGAAUUUCCUCCCAAGUGCUUAUGUUACCCAGCCUAUAACCCAGUCACAACCAAUAACACUGCAGAGUCAAAUCAGACAAUUCUUAUAAUGGGUUUGUACGGUGCUCCCAUCCCCCGGACACUGAGGACAGCCACAAGAGCUGGCGGGAAGAUGGAGCCCGGAUCCCGGACACCAUGGAGGGACGUGAGUGACGGCAGGAGGAGGACGUCAGCCGCCAGAGAGGGAAUGAUGAUGACUGCCACAAGAAGCUACAAGAGCUUGUUUCUCCGCCUUCCUGCCACCGCCCCUACUCCACAGCUUGGCCGCCUGGGUCAAACGUAAGGCAAAAUAAAGUGGCCUUGCUGCAGGUUUGGAGGAGGCAGGGCCCGGGACUUGAGCACCAUCCCUCCCACACUUGCUGUUCUCUUCUCCUUGCCACCUUCAUGGGGCUUUGUCUUCGCUCCGAGUUUGGGCCUCGCCUUCCACCAGCUCUUGUGGCCGUUAUCGGCGCCUGGGGGGGACAUGGGUACAUGCCACAAGGUUAUAAGCUCAAUCGCAACUAAUUGUACUUUGGUUUCUCCAAAAUCUCCAAGUGGGUCUCAACAAUAAAAUGACUUUUUAAACUAUCGCUACUCACUGAAAGUUCCUUGGUUACAGAGGCACAAAACAGUGACUCCAUGAAAGUAGAACCAUUUUCAAUACUGGAACUUCAUCAUUUACUUGACUGAAGAUGAAUGUUUAUUUCACUACUGUGUGGAAAAACUAUCAGUCUCAGGCUUUUAAUAUACAGUACGUCAGUAAAUGUCAGUGCAGUUAUUGUAGACUUCUCAUAAUGUGAGUGAAAUGACGGAUACUGGGACUUCAGUAUAAAGAAAGAAGUAAGAACCUUAACAUAUGUAAGCACAGGAGACUUUUAGCUUAUCAGACGAUAGAACAAGUUCUUUCUUUUUCCAGUUAAAGUAUGAUGACACAGUCUAAACAAAACGACAGGCAACAAUAAAUGGAUGAGUCAAAAUCUA